UGUAGUUUGAAUACUGUGUAGUAGUUUAUUUCAUCUAACUAACUACAAACUACUCCGUACUUCCCGUGCGCAUAUACUGACUUUCUCCGGCCAAGUACUAUUUCAGGCAACGACUCACAAAAGCAGUCGUGGAAAAUCCUCAAGAACAUUCUGUCACCAGCAAGAGCCAUGGAGCGGAAAGUCUUCGAUAUCCAACCCAUUGGCCGCUUCUACGGAGCCAGUGCUGCCAUUCGGCGUCCCAAAGAAAUUGCUUGUUUCUCUUAUGAUGAUCAUCAUAAAUUCCACAUUGGAGAAUCCUCUCUGAAAUACUACUACACGCCGCAUCUCCCUGCAGAUUUGAACCGGGGGUUCGAGUCCUUCCAAAAGCUAGACGAUUCCGCUGACGAGCAUCUCGAUGCAUUGCUUGAGACGAUCAUGGCUCUGGAACAAGAUACUGGAAUCAAAUGUGAAGCUGACAUCAUUACCUGGAGAGGGAUGAUGACCAAAAUUUUGACGGCGCCUUUUGAUAACAUGAACGGGGACGUUACAGCGCUAGGCCCUAGAUUCAUUGAAGAGAACAAUAGCUACAAGAACGAGCAGAAAUGGAUCCAGAGAAGCCAGAGGACGCCUCCUGGCAUAGCUUCUCAAGAUUUAAUGGCAUACUGGGGCUAUAAAUUUGAAACGGUAUCGCUACUCAAACAACCGUGGGAUUCAACCCCUCGACACGAGAUCGAAAGUCGAGAAGAGCUUGUUGUAAAUAACAAUGCCCAGUAUUGCUCAGUAGUCCGGACUGCAAUAGGUCGCUCGAAGCUUGUCAUUGGGGGCGAAGUGGACGCUAUAUGGGAUCGCAAACCGGACCGGAAGGAGGAUCCGAUCAAUUGGGUAGAGCUGAAAACAUCGGCCGAAAUCAGAAAUGACCGGGACAUGAUCAAGUACGAAAGGAAGCUUUUGAAAUUCUGGGCUCAAUCAUUUCUUCUGGGUGUGCCCCGAAUCAUUGUCGGGUUCCGAGACCAGCACGGCAUCGUAAAAUGUCUCGAGGAAUUGGACACCGCUAGCAUACCAGGCAAGGUGAAGAAGGUGGGACGAGCAACCUGGGACGGCAAUAUAUGUAUCAACUUUGCUGCCGAAUUUUUGCAAUGGCUUAAAAGCGCCAUUCAGGAGGAGGGUACAUGGAGGAUAGCCAAGCGUGAGAGGUCGUCGAUUAUAGAGGUCUACAAAGUUGAGGAUAGUGGGACGGGCGACAUAAUUUCUCCAGCCUUUUCAGCUUGGCGGAGUGAAUGA